AAUCCGGUGGCAGUCGCCGUUGAAACACAGCAGCGGGUCUCGGCUGACCGGGCGGGUCUAUCUCCGCUCAGAGGAGGAAGGUGUGUAACUUCCCCCCUCCGCGCUCACAGGAGGGUCAAACCGAACUCCCCUCUCGUCUGACGGCCACAAUGACGCUCGAUAACUAACCCGGAAACAGCAGCGGCAAGUCGCUUUUCUUCUCCUUUCAGCUCGUACCGCUGUCUUCUAGCGUGGUAUCCAGACGUCGACUCCCGUGUUUCUCUACGAGCAUCAAGAGGCUGACCUCUGCUGGAGGACUGUGACCCGGGGCCACCUGCCAGGCCGGGCCUCCCUGCUCCUCACAGUCACACAGCUCCACUGCUGGUAUCGUAACAUGGGGAACCUACUGAAAGUUUUGACUUGCACAGAUCUGGAACAGGAGCCCAAUUUUUUCCUCGAUUUUGAAAAUGCCCAGCCCACAGAUGCAGAGCGGGAGGUGUGGGAGCAGGUGGACGUCGUGCUGAAGGACGCUAAGGGGAUCCUGGACGAGCUGCAGGCGUACAAGGGAGCGGGGCAGGAAAUAAGAGAGGCGAUCCAGAAUCCAAAUGAUGAGGCCUUACAGGAGCAGGCGUGGGCGGCUGUGGUUCCCUUGGUGGGGAAACUGAAGAAGUUCUACGAGUUCUCCCAGAGAUUAGAGGCGGCGCUGCACAGCCUCCUUGGAGCUCUGACCAGCGAGACUUACGACGACACCACUCAGCACCUGGAGCGGGAGCAGGCGCUGGCCAAGCAGUUCGCCGAGAUCCUGCACUUCACGCUGCGCUUUGAUGAGCUUAAAAUGACAAAUCCUGCCAUUCAGAAUGACUUCAGCUACUAUAGGAGAACCCUGAGCCGAAUGCGGAUCAACAACGUACCGGCAGAGGGUGAGAAUGAAGUCAACAAUGAGCUGGCCAAUCGGAUAUCUCUGUUCUAUGCCGAUGCCACGCCCAUGCUGAAGACAUUAAGUGACGGCACAACAAAGUUUGUAUCCGAGAACAAGAACCUGCCCAUCGAGAACACGACCGACUGCUUAAGCACAAUGGCGACUGUGUGUAAAGUCAUGUUGGAAACCCCGGAGUACCGCAGCCGAUUCACCAGUGAGGAGACGGUGUCUUUCUGCCUCCGGGUGAUGGUCGGCGUCAUCAUCCUGUAUGACUACGUCCAUCCUGUAGGAGCUUUCGCAAAGUCGUCCAAAAUCGACAUGAAAGGCUGCAUCAAAGUCCUCAAAGAUCAGCCUCCGAACAGCGUAGAAGGCCUUCUCAACGCUCUCAGGUACACAACCAAGCAUCUGAAUGAUGAAUCAACCAACAAGACUAUCAAGAGCAUGCUGCAGUAGGACUGAGCUGCUGCUCUAACUGCUUGCCUCACACCCUGCUGGGGGAGACGCCACUCUCCUGACUGAUGUCGGUGCACAGAAUGUUUUUUGUUUUUUUGUUGUUUUUUUUUGUUGUUGCUUUUUUAAGAUUUUAUAAUGGAAAAAGAGCUGCAGCUCCGCCCUCUUUUAUAAUGCAAAAUGCUACUGCCAUUAUGAACGUCUUUUUCUGUGCCAAAAAGAUGUUGCUGAGAUGUAAUGUUUUCGAUAAAAGGCCAUGCGACAGUGGCAGCUAAUGAAAGCAUUGUGGAUCCUCUGGUGUUUUUAAACAUGUCUUGUUUUUCCCUAUAUAAGGGACGGGAGUGCUUUGACUUGAAAAUUUAAAAGAGAGAUAUAUAGAGAAGUAUAUAUUAUUUUUGUUUGAUUCGUUAUUUAAUAUUACAUCCUCUGCAUGAUGAAAAUUAUGUCUUUUCCUUCUAUUUAAAAAAAACUAAUGGUUCAGUUUAAUUUGUCUGCUCUGUUGUGCAUUAUUAAAUGUUUUGUUAUUGAAAUGGUACUUGUCGAAAUGCAAUUUAAGAGUACUGUUUUUAUAUUUUUUAUAGGUUUUAAUUUGUGCAUAUGUCUUUUUUUUCAUAGUUGUGUUGUAUUUUUCAUUUGAAAACUUUAAACUGUGAUGUGUGCAAAAUCAUAUUAAAAUUGGGAGUCUGUACUGUAAAUGGACAGUAUGUUGUGGCUGGAGAAAUUAAAAGGAGAACUCUUGUUUUCUACAA